AUGCCAGUCAAAGCUAUAUCCAAAAGCACGCUAGCCCGUAACGGUAUUGGUGCAUUUGUGAGACCUUGCUAUAAGGUCACGCUUCAAUACUGCAACUGGGGCGGCUCCUCCCAGGGUAUGAGAGACUUCUUGACCCAUGAGAAGAGAUCGUUGAACAAAUUUGCAUCAAAUAACAAGGACGUUUUCUUUGAAAUUAAACAGCAAAGCGGUCACCCUCAGCUCGUCCUUCACUACAACAACGGCAAGACCGAGGCCGUCGACGUGAGAAACCAGAGUGUAUCUGAGAUCACCAAACAGCUCUGGGAGAGUGUCCAGAGAAGUGGUAACGACCGCUUCAAGUUUAACCAGAAGGUCAUGUCCAAUAACGAGUCCGUCAGAGGCAUCUGGUCCCCCUUGCAUGUGGCCAAGGAGAACAGACACAAAAUAUAG